AUGGCUGAUGUUAAUUCAAUGAUAGGGGAAAUGAGAGCACAACUCAGUCAACAUCAAACCGAGCUACAUAGGACGAUAGCAGCCAUUGAAAGGGUUACGAGGAGUAAUACAGUAGUGGAGAAAUCUGUUGCUGAUAUUAGAAGCACCGGUAAGGAUUGUGUCUGGCAGGCCGUUGGCCGUACGUUUGUCAAAACGCCACUUGAGGAAUACGAGAUGCUUAUGAAGAAUCAAAUUAGGGAAAACAUUGACACCAUGAACACUUUGAACAAAAAGAAACAUUACCUUGAAACAUCCAUUAAGAAUACCAUCGAAAGUUUAAAGCAAGUAACUUUAGGUGCAUGA